AAAAUGGCAGUCACACAUGCUGACCUUGAACCAAACAGAGGUAAAACAGAUUUGAGUAGCAAAACUGGUGCAUUCCUUACGGUUCUCACAAUCCUAUUGGGCCUUUUCUGCUUCAUUCUGUGUCUCCUAGCAGAAGCCACGCGUUCUCAGGUGACAUGGAUAAGCACAAGUGAGAAUGGAAAGGGAAGCAAAUCUGAAUGUGUUUAUAGUGGUAGUGGGAAAAUGCCAUUGUUAUGCGCUGCUUGUGCAUUUAUUGGACUAGCAAUUGCCAUGCUGGUGGAGCAUACAUUUAUGUUGAUUGCUGUUAGUAAUUCACCGCCUGCUUUACUAACCUGUGAUUCUGAUUCUGCUUUUGCCAAAUCCUUAACAUGGCAAGCGAGUUUUUUCUUCAUCACAACAUGGAUUUGCUUUGCAGUUGGGGAGAUUCUAUUGUUGGUAGGAGUGAGUGUAGAGAGUGGUCAUUUGAAGAAUUGGUCAAAGGCUAGACCCACUUGCCUUAGCAUUGGAGAAGGGUUGUUUUCAGCUGCAGGGGUGUUUGCUUUAACUACGGUCUUCCUAGCUUGUGGUUUAUACAUAACAGCACUACGUGCGCUAAGAAUAUUAUCAGAGGUGGAUGCUUCUUCUUCAGUAAGAGGAGCAACUACAACUCAACUUUCACGUUUGACGAGCGUUGACAGAGAGAACCCAGCAACUAGAGAGAGUCCAUUGUCUGUGUUUCCAACUCCUUUCAACAACAAAAGCUACAGCUUUGUGUAA